CACCUGGCCUCACCACCUGACCUCUCCACCUGGCCUCACCACCUGACCUCUCCACCUGGCCUCACCACCUGACCUCUCCACCUGGCCUCUCCACCUGGCUCUUUAUCUCUUAAAAUACCAGCGCCACAAAUAAGUAUCUUCGACCAGUACAAGUAUGGCUACAACGUGGAGUCCGAGGCUACCGGCAACUACCAGGCCCGCUACGAGGCCAGGGAUGGCCAGACUGUCAGUGGCUCUUACAAGGUAGCGCUGCCAGACGGUCGCAUCCAAGUGGUGACGUACGUUGCUGACGACAUGGGCUUCAGAGCAGAGGUCAACUAUGAGGGGGAAGAAAAGACGCACACUACGCCCAUCACUCCAACCAAGAAGUCGAGUGUCGGUAUAGUGGAGCCAGCGCCGCGCCUCGCACAAGAUCAGGAAAGCCAUCAGGGACCGGAUUACUUUCCAGUGCACGACUCGCACCCAGUCCGCGACCCCGCCCACAGUAGUCCGCGACCGCACGCAAGUGGCCAUUACCCUAGUACUCAGCCUGUCCUCGCUUCUCUCGCAGACCAAAAGUUGCACUUCCAUAAUUACGUGACCACCGCCUCCCCCAACCCCUUCAGACUGGUGGUGGAGAAAGGGCGGGCAUCCACCCUAGCUCCACCUCCUUUCUCUACCACUCCCGCUGCCACCCACUCCACAAACACACACACUUACAAUAUUGUGAAGCAACUCACGACCACGCCCGCCCCACCAGUUGCCACAACGCCCAAAACACUCCUCGCCACACCCGUGACCAAUUCCCACGUGAUGGAUAAUGGGUUCAUGAGGACAGUGGUGGCCAGAAACAGGCAACCAUUCUCUCCCAGUAACUAUCCCGGCGCCCCUGCCACCGCCACCAAGGCCACGAACAGUCACGCCAUGACUCCUCACACAGUCUACCAGGACCACACACCAACGUCAGUGUACCAAUACACAGCUGAAGACAGCCCUGCUUCCCACACCACGCUUUACAGUCCUGACGCAAAAGCUGUUGCUUACAUCCAAGCCCUGGGCAGGUCACACCUCGUCCCUGUCCUCCUUCCUUAUACACCACGACCACAAGAGCACUCCAAUUCACCCUUUCCACACACAGACGUCCCUACUCACUCACGUCAGCACCAAGACAUUUCCACUUUUCCUCAGCACAACAUACUGCCUCUGCCGACCAGGACCUACUACCUAAACCGACAGUCCCGCGCCCCCGGCACACAUGACCUGCAGGGCUUCCACGACGGCGACAGUGUAGAAAUACUGAGGGGGGACGACCGCCGCCCACGUCUCAGUCUCAAGGUCCCGGCACCCCACGAGGCGGACAUCUACCCUUCACGUCCACCAUUCUACCACCACUGAUGCUCUCCGGAACUUAGACUGGUAAAGACAGCGACGGUCUCGCUCUCGACAGCGACGGUCUCAGGUCGGCGUUAGAUCAUGGACACCAUUCCAUCGUCGUAAACCCGCUCCUUGUCCUCAUAUCCCUUCCAAAUGCUGUAUAUUACUAGUUGCUUAGCACUUUCCUCUCAAAAGUACCUUACCUCUGGAACAUGUGUUUCUUUGUUAUGAUUUCACAUCACCAGAGGUUCGUUGUGUUCAAUGGUCAUUACUUCGCACUUGUUGUGAGGCAAAUGUACAGUGCAAGUGGGCUCUCCUGUGGGGCGUGCAACAGCUCCCUGUGUAUUAAAACCUCAUUACAAGUAACCUAUCCACCACCGCCCACUGGAUGGGGGAAUUGCGGUGUACAGGAUAAACAUAUCAGUUAGGACACUAGUUCUCCACAAAUGUAAGUUGCUUUGGAUGGAGACUACUGUUUGGUCUCGAACCCAUUGAUGAUAUAACAAUAAACAUUAAAUUUUGUAAUUAGCUUAUCAAGACUGUAACUUGCUUAGCUAAAUGAAUUUUGGUGCUCAGUCUAUAAGCUCAUUAUGUGCCUCUGUAACCCUUUCCACAGCCAUGGCUGAAUGAUAAUAUUUACACAUAUUUGCAAGUCAUUAAUUAUGUUUAUAGUAUAUAUGUAUAUCGUGCUUACCAGUUUCUAGACAUUAGAUAAGUAUCUUAUAUAAGAAUGUGGGAACGUGCCAAGACUAUAUAGAACAAGACUGUCUGAGCAGAUAUAGUGUCCUGGUGAUUUGGUGUGUGUACGGGGCGGCCCACAGUGUUAGACAGGUCACUAUAGCGUCCUCGUGAUGUGGUGUGGCGACCUGUCUAACACUGUGUCCUCUACAGUGUUAGACAGGUCACUAUAGUGUCCUCGUGAUGUGGUGUGGCGACCUGUCUAACACUGUGUCCUCUACAGUGUUAGACAGGUCACUACAGGUAACAUCCGUGGGAAGGAGGGACCAGAGCUACAUACAGACGUCAUCUGAUGAAGUUUCUGGACAUUUGUUUUUAAAGCAAUGACAUGUGUUCUAUCUUAAUAGCGAUCUUUGAACACGGAUUGGAAGGUUAACGGCCUCGUAUCCUUGGAUAUAUGGUAAGAAUGGAAUGGAAUUAUCAGGAGAAAGCGCCAACCCAUUACGAGUAUAUAACACUUAGAAGGGAUCAGGAUAAGGAUUUGGGAUGGGACGGGGGAAAGGAAUGGUGCCCAACCACUUAGACAGUCGGGGAUUGAACUCCGGGAUAUAUGGUAGGACUAUAUACAUAUCCUGAGAUCUCCUGGAAAGCUUAUGGGCUUUCCCGUGCCACCUCUCGUGUGACACAAUCUUCAACAAUCAAUCAAUCACACAAUCCUGGAAAGGACCAGUUCACGUGAGAGAGGGGAGGCAAUAAACAAAUUUCUUGCCUACAUAUGACCGUAACACACAUUCUUCUAAAAAUAAAAUAUGGCAUACCACGGAGUUUAUCAAUAACUGUUUUUUAAAUCCGGCCAUUACAGACUUGACUGACAAUGUCAGGUCCCGGCCUGGGGGAAUAUUACAGAAUCUUCAUUGUUCUGUAUUUAUUUAUGUUCCUAAUAAUUAUGUGAGAAACUCAACGAAAAUAACUUGAAAACUUUAAACGGAAGGUUCAGAACUGUGCCCUUAAUUAUGCACAGUAAAACGUUAUUGUGUGUGUUUUACUGGCUGGUUAUAUUAUAACAAUGGUGCUGUUCUACUGAGAGCCGCUUGUGUUCAAGCGACACUUCUUUUCCUAUAAUCAUUGUUUUUCUUUCGAUUUACUUUGCAUUUUUUUGUGAAGGUGUGUUUGUCCACAUCAUACUCCAGUUCGCUGGUUUUAUAUAUGCUGAUAACACCAAUUUAUUGGUUAUUUUUGUAUUAAAAUAAAAUAU